AUGGGGAGGCGGCAGACCGUCUCCAUGGAAACGGAGUUACCGAGUUUUCACAGUGUGUCUACAAUCCACUUGAUCGUGUCUUCAUCACCGUCUUCUACAGACUUUGGUGGAGGUGUUGAAACGGUGGAUUUCCCCCUCCCUAUCACCACUGUCAGCAUCUCGACUUCAUCGUUGUUCGCCAGGUGCAUCGAUGUAGAAGAAGCUGGAAAAGUGGAUUUACCCCCAACUACCUUUCCGUACCCUGGACCGUUAUUUUUAUCAGACGACAUAAGCAGCGUUUGGUUACAAACAGAAGGAGACGAGGAGAGUGUUGUAGCUGCUGAAAACAACAUAGCAGCAAUGGAUUUUGUUCUUCCAAAUGGUGUGUUGUCUUCUGAGAUUGUUCAGCAUCCUGGACCCUCCUCAGAAGCCAUAAACAGUGUUUGUUUUGAAGAAGAAGGAGGAGACGAGAACGCUGAAAACAUCUCAUCAGGGAAAAAAACAGCAAAAUCCAUUAAAAGAAGAAUUGCAAAAUUUUUCUGUACAAUGGGGAAGAAGAUCAAGAGCCCUUUUGUUCACUGCUUCGGUAGGAACAAAGUGGAAUCUUUCGUACCCUCCCCAGAGCUGAAUCCGGGGAAGGCCAGUGAUGAUCUGGUCAAAUCAGAGAUGAAGUCCAGUUCCGGGAUGAAGGCUGAUGAUGAUAUUGUCCAUCCCGUGGCAAAGGCAGACUAUGAUCUGCUGAAUACUACAAAGCCUGAGGAUGUAUCGUCUGCCCCCCAGCAUUUCACUGGUACUUCUUCCGUCAGUAUUCCUCAGUUUGUCAUCCCGAGGGCAGAUACCAGUCUGCAUAUUGUGGAUUUUAGCGAAGACGAUUCAGUCGAUACUGUGCUGAAUGCUCGCACCAAUCCUGCCAAUCCCAAGCCAAAGAAGCCAACCUCAUCUACUACCGAUGAGGUGCUUGGGGCGAUUGGCUUUACCAGCAGGAUGUACCCAAAAAGCCACGAAUCUGAUGACAAACGGGGUUUCAUUAAUCCAUGUGAACCCAAGGAGAAGACGGACACCAUCCCUGGCAAUCCCAAGCCAAAGAAGCUAACCUCAUCUACUAGCGAUGAGAUGCUUGGGACGAGUGGCUUUACCAGCAGGAUGUACCAAAAAAGCCAUGAAUCUGAUGGCAAACAGGGUUUCAUUAAUCCAUGUGAACCCAAGGAGAAGACGGACACCAUCCCUGCGAAUCCCAAGCCAAAGAAGCUAACCUCAUCUACUAGCGAUGAGGUGCUUGGGGCGAUUGGCUUUACCAGCAGGAUGUACCCAAAAAGCCAUGAAUCUGAUGGCAAACAGGGUUUCAUUAAUCCAUGUGAACCCAAGGAGAAGACGGACACCAUCUCUGCCAAUCCCAAGCCAAAGAAGCUAACCUCAUCUACUAGCGAUGAGAUGCUUGGGGCGAUUGGCUUUACCAGCAAGGUGUACCAAGAAAGAGAAGACUCCGAUGGCAAACAGGUCGCCAUAAAGCAAGUUUGGGAAUGGAAACAUAAUCCUUACACUGAUAUUAAGGUUAACAACAAUUCAAAUGAUGCCAAUUUUAAGACUGGCACCAUUCCCAAGACAAAGGGUUUUAUUAAUCCAUAUGAACCCAAGGAGAAGAUGGACGCCAAACCCAAGCCAAAGAAGCCAACCUCAUCUACUAGCGAUGAGGUGGUUGGGGCGAUUGGCUUUACCAGCAAGGUGUACCAAGAAAGAGAAGACUCCAAUGGCAAACAGGUCAACAUCAAGCAAGUUUCAAAAUGGACCGGUAACCCUUGCAUUAAUAUUAAGGCUGACAAUAAUCCAGGCAAUGCCAAAUUAAAGACUGGCACCAUUCCCAAGGCAAAGGCUGGCACCGUUGUUGGCAAUCCAGUUCGAAAACCUAUUGCUAUUCCCUGUGGUAUCAUGGUGAAGGCAGACCCCAAACCUGCCAUCCCCAAAAAGACGGCUGUUUUUCAUGAGCGUGGUAAGAAGUUAAAGGCAGACCCCAAACCUGCCAUCCCCAAAAAGACGGCUGUUUUUCAUGAGCGUGAUAAGAAGGUGAAGGCAGACCCCAAACCUGCCAUCCCCAAAAAGACGGCUGUUUUUCAUAAUCGUGAUAAGAAGGUGAAGGCAGUAACCAAACCUGCCAUUCCAAAGAAGACAGCUGAUACCGAGGUGAAAGCAUAUAGCGAGGAGAUCAAUGCGGCACACAGAACCUUGUGUCAUGAUUAUUGUAUUGAUACAGAUAAUCCGCUUGGUAAAGGUAGCUUUGGCGCUGUGUUUCCGGGGACCAGUAAAGCCGAUGGCAAACCGGUUGCUAUCAAAUUUGUGAAACGAAGGCAACCAAACCGUUACUUUAUCAUGCCUGGAUCUGGAAUGGUUCUCACAGAACUAGUAGUGUUGCACACAUUAAAGGAGGAUCCAAACCCUCAUGUGAUCAAACUUUAUGACAGCUAUGAGGAUCCGGAUUACUUCAUACUCGUCAUGGAGCGGCCUGAUCCUUGCAUGACCUUGAAUGAGUUUAUUAAACUUCAACGAGGUCUGCUGGAAUCAACAGCACGCAUCCUAAUGCGUCAGGCAGUCAUGGCUGUAAAACAUUGCUUUAAGCAUGAGACUUUUCAUACUGACCUCCACGCUGGCAACUUCCUCGUGGAUAAAAACAACAUGCUGCUGAAGCUGAUCGACUUUGGGUGCUGUGACCGAUUAAGAGACACGGCCUAUGCAUAUGAAGAGUAUUUGGGGGCACCGGCUUAUCGGCCACCUGAGGUCCGCAACAGGGGCAGAUACCACGCCAUGUCAAGCAGUGUCUGGUCUCUGGGAACUCUGCUCUAUUAUAUGGUUAAUGUAAACUUGCCCUUUCCCAAAUAUGGGCCGGUAACUGAAGGCACAAUAAACCACGAGAAUGACUAUUUAACAAAGCGUAAGUAAACGGCACAAACACAA